AUGAUAUUGUGUCUGGAACCUGUUGGAAGCCCUCUAUCUGCGAGGAAUGACUUUGAAAAACAAAGUGUGAUCUAUAAAAUUGUUUCCCUAAUAGAGGAGAACAAUAGCCAGGAUGCAAAACUGGCUUCAGGAAGUAACACAUUAUGUAGAAAGGUGAUCGGACAGCAACUUCUGGAAAAGCAGCUGAAAGAGAAAUUUUACUCUUGGCUUCUCCUUGGAGUGACUUCAGAUGGGAAGGGCCUUAUGGUUAUCGACAAAUGGGGUCAAAGUGUGUUGCACUUGGCUGCUACUCUUGGUUUUAAUUGGGCUUUCCAGCCAAUUAUAGAAUCCGGAGUUAGUAUAGAUUUUCGCGAUGUGAAUGGUUGGACUGCGCUUCAUUGGGCUGCAUUUUAUGGAAGAGAGGAAACAGUCGCUGUGCUUGUUUCUCUUGGUGCAGCCCCUGGAGCACUUACAGAUCCAUCAACUGAAUAUCCGCAAGGCAGGACUCCUUCAGACCUCGCCUAUUCCAGUGGGCACAAGGGCAUUUCUGGUUUUCUGGGAGAGACUUUCCUGACCACCCACCUAUCCACUCUUACAUUGAACGAUGGCAAUACCACAGAAGAGUGUGGACUAGAAGCAAUACAGACAGUCACAGAACGUUUAGCAGCACCUACAACCGGAGAAGAUGUGCCAGAAACUCUGUCGCUCAAGGACUCAAUAGCUGCAAUCUGUAAUGCCACACAAGCAGCAGCACGCAUUCACCAGAUUUUUCGCAUUCAGUCGUUUCAGAGGAAGCAGAUUCUUAUUGAAAACGAAUCUGGUGAAUGGCUGGAUUCAGAUGAGCAAGCUAUUUCUCUUCUUGCUGCUAAAACAUCCAGAUUGGGCCAAUCAGGCGGUACUGCGAAUGCUGCUGCCUUAAGCAUUCAGAAAAAGUAUCGAGGUUGGAAAAAGCGGAAGGAAUUUCUGCUGAUCCGACAAAAGAUUGUCAAAAUUCAGGCUCAUGUAAGAGGUCACCAGGCUCGAAAGAAGUAUAAGCCUAUUAUCUGGUCAGUGGGAAUACUGGAGAAGGUGAUUUUGCGCUGGAGACGUAAAGGCACUGGGCUCCGUGGAUUCCGACCAGAUGGGAUCCAAAAACAGCCCCACGUGGGGGACAGUUUGCCACCACCAGAAGAUGAUUAUGACUAUCUGAAGGAAGGAAGGAAACAAAGUGAACAAAGGAUGCAGAAAGCACUUGCCCGGGUGAAGUCCAUGGCUCAGUAUCCUGAAGCAAGAGCUCAGUACCGUAGGCUGUUAACUGCUGCUGAAGUCUUCCGUGAAAAUAAGGAUGCUUCAGAUGGGAUCCCAGAUAACAUGGAGGACUUGAUGUACCCUGGGGACGACUUGAUUGAUGUUUCGAGUCUAUUGGAUGAUGGCACUUUCAUGCCCCUGGCGUUCUAA